AUGGCUUGUUGGUAUUCAACAAACGUCAAGACACUAUUAAUCACUACAUUAACUGUUAUUUAUGCACCUAGAAAGACUAGGAAGAAAAGUGUGAUGGAUUCAUUGAUUGUCCGUUCCCAUGGGAAGAAGAAUGCAGGGAUUGUGCAAACAAACCAGCAUUCUGCUCUCGACUUUCAUUUACUGGGUUUGUUUGCUGUUAUUGGAAAUUUAAUCGUGGCAAGCAGAUCGAUUCGAAACAUCUUCUUUCCUGAGAAACAACUUUCAAAGAUUGAAUUAAUCAACAAAUCUUUGAUAUUUAACUUAUCACUCUCGGACUUACUUGUAGGGAUAUAUACAUUGGCCAUUUGCAUCAAGAAUGCAACAAUAACAAAGAAUUAUUGUAAAACGGACAGACAAUGGCGAAGUGGUUCCACAUGUUCUGCUCUUGGAACUUUACUUUUGAUUGGAUCAGAAAAUUCUGUAUUUACUCUAAUCAUUAUUACAGGAUUUCGAAUGAAAACUGUACUGAGGUACGACAGACAUCAUUUGUAUUCAACUAUAAAUAAAAACGAUGUUGGAAAUUUGUCUCGUGCACUUCUAACAAAACAGAGAUUUGAAGAUGAUCCAGCUAUAGAAAAAAAACUUGGAACAUGGUCGUUGCUAGAAUCUCUAAUCAGCGAUUUGAAUUCGACAUACAAGGUUGAACGUAGGUUUGGAUAUUACUCCACUCACGGGGUUUGCCUUCCCACUUUGUUCCCAAACCCUGAUACUGACACUGCUUGGUUGUAUUCACUGUUCAUCCUGAUCAUGAACUUUUUGGCAUUCUUCGUCAUCUUUGUCGGAUACGUCAAAAUAUACAGGAAAACACAAGAAAAGAAUGCUGCCGUCAGCGACAAAUUAAAGGCAGAAAGAGCAAUAAAAAUGCAACAAAAAAUUAGUCGGAUUAUUCUCACUGAUUUUCUCUGCUGGAUGCCUGUCUGCAUAAUGGGCUUCUUACAAGUUUCUGGCAUCAACAUACCAUAUGAUGCAUACGUUCCUGCAGGUUUGAUUAUUAUUCCGAUCAACAGCGGCCUCAAUCCUUUCCUAUAUUCUGAUGGCCCUGAUUACGUGUGGGAGAAACUAAGCCCUGUCAGAUCUUGGAUUUACGAAAAUAUCAUGGGACGAUGUGUUCGUGAUGAGAAGAAACCAAGUGGUAACAAAAGAGAUUUUCAGAGGAGUUCACGUCAACAGAUGGAUAAUUUAACAACGCCAUCACAAAGAGUCCUGGGUACUUAA